GAUUCUACCAGCCUGAUCGAUCUGCUCUGUGCUGUAUAGCGUUCACCGAACGCCACUGAUCUGAUGUGACUACGUUUAUAUUAAAAUCCUUAUUGAUCUUAUUCCUUCGUCUUUAUCAUGUUAGGUUUGCAGAUCAGGGUACCUACAAUAAUUUAUUUACCCACAUUUACAGGCGGAGAAUUUUUACUGGAGCAUUCGUGACCGGCCACCAUGUCCCACUUUUCGUCCGAGGAUGAGGUGGAGCUUCAGGGUCUUCUGAAAAGCUUGCUCAGGAGCGUCAGCGAGAGGAUCUCGGGAGCACCGUCGGUGGAGUGCGCAGAGGAGAUCCUGCUGCACCUCGAGGAAACGGACAAAAAUUUCCACAACUAUGAGUUUGUUAAGUACCUGCGGCAGUACCUUGAGCGCGCCCUGGGGACGGUCAUCGAUGAGGAAACGGAGAACUGUAUGCGAGCCGAGGGGCAAGCAGUCACAUCAGGGCAGGACACCUUGGUACACGCCGUCACCAGGAGGACUCGGGAAUCUGCCGAAUACAAGGAAAUGAUGCAUACGCUGAAGAAUACUAUGAUGGUGGUGGUGGAGUCGCUGAUCAAUAAGUUUGAAGAGGACCAGCUGAAGAAGGAAGAGAUGCACAGGAAGAAGCAGCACGAGCAGUCCGGGGGCCCUUACUUAGACAACUGCUCCGACAGCGACUCGUCUUUCAACCAGAGCUAUGCGUUCAUCACUCAUGAGCAGCUGCAAGUUAUUGCAGAAAAACUUCACCAGAGCCAGCCGAAAGAGGUGCGCUGGGAGGCCCUGCAGUUGUUGUGCUGCGCGCCGCCGUCCGACGUGCUGAGCAGCGAGAGUUGGUACAGCUUGUGCAGGAGCCUCUCCGCCGCCCUGGCUGACCCUGACCCUGAAUUGAGCGAAAAAGUCCUCCGGUUCUUCGCAAAGACCCUUUCUUCCUCUCCGCUGAAUGUAACCAGAGAAAUUUAUGUCAGUUUAGCAAAAAGUCUGGAGUCUGAUUUCCUGCUGCGCAAACUGAGCAUUGCUGCAGGAUCUGCUGGGAUUGACGUUAACAGGCCGGAUAUUGCACGGCUCCUCAAGCAGAUGAGGCUGAUGAACGAUUUUCAGAAGGAAGUGACAUCGUAUUGGAUACGGCAUCCAGAGAAGUACAUGGAGGAGAUCAUAGAAAGCACCCUGUCUCUGCUCUCCUUACAACAUGAGCGCGAUGCAGGCAUGCCGUCCACCGAGAAGGUCUUGGAGCCCAUUCACAUGAUGGCCAUGCUGGAUAUAAAAGCCACCUGGUUCAAAAGGUGGAUGCACGGUUCUUACAGCAGGACGGUGGUCCUGAGGCUCCUGGAAAAGAAGUACAAGUCCCUGAUUGUGGCCUCUCUUCAGCAGUGUGUCCAUUUCCACAAGUGCCGUGGACCUUCUGGGGAGGAGGUGUCUGAUGUCACACACAUGUUAGGAAAACAGCACAUUGGCCCCGUUCAGAGGACGCUGUACACCACCAAGGAGCUGGAAUACAUUCACUUUGUACACUCUCUUUGCCUGCUGGGACGGCUGCUCAUCUACACCAAUGGAAGAAGCCUGUUCCCUGUCAGAGUGAAAAAUCGGAAAGAUCCGGUGUCCUUAACGGACCUGAUUGUGAUGCUUAUCGACACGAUGUACCAACACCCGAAACCACCGUGUGGCAGUUUGUCCCACGCAGACUCGCUGUCGCCCACCAGCCUGGUUAUGGAGGACCUGAGGACUCUGUGCGACCGCACCGAGUGCGCAGUACAGUGCUUGUACCAGUCCCCUGUCAUAGAGGCCCUGCUCGCUCCCAUCAUCGCCCUGCUUAGGGGGGAACAGGCAAAAGUAAAUACUCUGGAAACCACGCUGGUCCAUAUUGCUGAUAUCCUGGCUAGAAUUGCCACUACUCGGUGGGGGUUGUCUAUUUUCCUGUAUGACACGAAUCUGAUUUCUGCCGAGGGCGCAAGCACGUCGGCUGCACACAUAAUCGCCCAGUUCACCAAACGGCUCCUCGCUGAGAACCUGCCUCCACUGCCUGGGUUGGGGGCUUCCACGGCCGUGGCCGGGGCCUUUGUCUUCGUGUGCCGUCAGAUGUACAACACCUGUGUGGGGCUGCAGGUGCUGAGGCCCUACAACCUGCACGAGUGCAUCGUGAGAGCUUGGAGACAGGCAUGUGCGCUGGCAGAGAGAGUUCCCACCCCGGUUCUGGGAGCUGCGCCGGACCCGUGCUCUCAGGAGGCUCAUGACGCCUCGCUCUGGGCAGAAACCCUCCUGGACAACCUGCUGAACUUCGCCGCCACUCCCAAGGGCCUCCUGUUCCUUCAGCAGACCGGAGCAAUGGAUGAGUGUGUCACCUACAUGUUCUCCAGGUUCACCAAGAAACUGCAGGUCAGCUGGUGCGAAAAGUUUGGCUACGGGGUGAUGGUCACACAGAUCGCAGCAACAGCCCCUGGGGUUGCAGCUCUGCGGAGAUCAGGUUUUGUCCAGGCCAUCGUGGUGGACCUGUGGUCAGCCCUGGAGUGCGGGCGGGAUGAUGCCAGAGUGGUCCAGCCCAGGUCCACUCCCAUGGAGCCCAUUGAUAGGAGCUGUCAAAAGUUGUUCCUGGCCUUGGUAAACCUGCUGUCCUCCUCCUAUGCUGUGUGGGAGUUACUGGGACAGCAGCCUCUACCGAACAAGGCUGAGUACUCCCAUAGAGAGAUGCCCACCUCCAUUGUUGAUUUGGUUGAUCGGCUGAUCGCGAUUAAUUCCGAUGAAAAGAUCCACUCGUUGUUCAACUAUGAGCAGUCCCACACCUUUGGCCUGCGGUUGUUGAGUGCGAUGUGCUGCAGCCUCGAUUCCCUUUUGCUUCUGGAGUCCCAGUACAGAGUCUCCGAAACACUGCUCCAGAAUCAGAAGGACAACACCAGUGACCCACCUACGGGCCAACGGGAGUUCAUCAUAGAUGGCCUGUCUGUGGAGAGGAAUCACAUCCUGGUGCGCAUGGGCAUGGUGGGGGGUCCGUCUGAAAGGAGGUUGCCCCCCCGAUCCUUGGAGAAGGGCGCCGACCCCUAUCCGUGGCCCAUGUUCUCCUCGUACCCGCUGCCCAAAUGUUACAUUCCCGAUAUUCCCAAGAUGCCACGAACAAAAGGAGACACCGAAAUGAGCCACUUCCUUGCCUCCUGGAAAGGUGCUGAGAGGAAGCAGAUGGAUCAGUGCCGGUUACAGUAUGUUAAAGUCAUGACCUCCCAGCCCAGCCAUCUCACUACAAAUGGGAUGGCCGACCUGCUGGAAGCGACCGUGCUCCACCUGUCCUCCUCGCCGUCCGACUGCUUCUUCCCGCUGGCGGAGUUCAAAGGGGGCGACAGCACCGUCACCCCCCAGAGCCUGACCCCCAUGGAGCAGCUGGGUGUCCAGUUGACCAUCAGGUACGGUGAUCACCUGGGGCUGCUGGAGGGUGGCAGCGAACGGGACCUGUGUCUCCUUGUGACGCAUUGCCGGCAUUCGUCCUCCGACCAGCAGGCCCACACCACGUCCACCCUCUCCGGCCUGAGGGGACGCUUCCCCGGCUACGACUGGUUUGCGGCCACCGCGUUCCUACUGAUGUCUGGGGACAGGGAGCGGACUUGGGGGUUCCUGCUGCGCUUCUCCAGCCUGCUGGCGUCUGCCUUCCUGUGGCCGGCCCGACUGCGCGCCGCGGCCCAUCUACCAAAGGAGCUGGCACGGUCUGAGAUCCCCCCCGUCUACUCGUGCACAGCCCAUUUCGUGGAGAUGCUGCUCAAAGCAGAAGUGCCACUUGUCUCCUCCGCAUUCCAGAUGUCUGGGUUCACCCCCUCUCAGAUCUGCCUGCAGUGGCUGUCCCAGUGUUUCUGGAAUUACCUAGACUGGAUGGACAUCUGCCAUUACGUGUGCACUUGUGUGCUCCUGGGCCCCGACUACCAGGUGUACGUGUGCGUGGCCGUGCUGAAACACCUGCAGCAGAGCAUCCUGCAGCAUGCGCAGGCGCAGGACCUUCAGGUGUUCCUCAAGGAGGAGCCCAUCAGGGGGUUCCGAGUAACUGACUACCUGGAGUUCAUGGAAGGUCUGGAACGAACCUACAGGCCAGUGGUGUUGGAGGACAUGAGGACGUUCCUGCUGGGAGUCACAGCAAAUAGCACUCAGAGUCCUGGAACUUUCUUGAACAUGGAGAGCCAGUGAGUGGACCUGUCAGUACCUACUUGAGUGGACCUGGUGCCUCACAGUGCCGGGGCUCUGCAGUGGGCUGUUGGUUCGAGCCCUACUCAGUCCCUGUGGAGUUUGCUUGCUCUCCUUCUGGUCCUGUGUGUUUUUUUUCCCAGGUGCUCUGGU